AUGUAUCCCAAGUGUGGGUGUGUUCCUGAGUGUGCGUGUAUCCCGAGUGUGCGUGUAUCCCGAGUGUGCAUGUGUUCCCGAGUGUGUGUGUAUCCCGAGUGUGCGUGUGUUCCCGAGUGUACGUGUAUCCCGAGUGUAUGUGUAUCCCGAGUGUGUGUGUAUCCCGAGUGUGCAUGUGUUCCGAAGUGUGUGUGUAUCCCGAGUGUGAAUGUGUUCCCGAGUGUACAUGUAUCCCGAGUGUGCAUGUAUCCCGAGUGUGCAUGUGUCCCCAAGUGUGCAUGUCCCCGAGUGUGCGUGUGUCCCCGGGUGUGCGUGUAUCCCAAGUGUGGGUGUGUUCCUGAGUGUGCGUGUAUCCCGAGUGUGUGUGUUUCCCAAGUGUGCGUGUAUCCCGAGUGUGCAUGUGUUCCUGAGUGUGUGUGUAUCCCGAGUGUGCGUGUGUUCCCGAGUGUACGUGUAUCCCGAGUGUAUGUGUGUCCCGAGUGUGUGUGUAUCCCGAGUGUGCAUGUGUUCCGAAGUGUGCAUGUAUCCCGAGUGUGCAUGUGUUCCCGAGUGUACAUGUAUCCCGAGUGUGCAUGUAUCCCGGGUGUGCAUGUGUCCCCAAGUGUGCGUGUCCCCGAGUGUUCGUGUGUCCCUGGGUGUGCGUGUGUCCCAGAGUGUGCAUGUCCCUGA